AUGAGCAAGUCUCCGGUAAGCAACUGUCCGGUUAGCAACUGUCCGGUGACCAACAGUUCGUACUUCAGAAAAUUGGCUACUGCUGCAGUUACUUUCAACUGUCAACUCUUUCUGACUAGUGCAAGAAACAAUGAACCAACCAAGAUAUAUUACGAAAAGUGGACUUCAAAUAUGCAGUCUUACUCCGCUCUGGAACUUGGAAGAAGUUCUUUACAAAGUUCAUCUACAUCAAAACAUUCGAGUACCGUGUCAUCAACUAUAGGUACCAGCUUAUCAUCAACAACUAAUCCAAAACAUUCAUCCUCGCAUCACCAAUCACACGAUACUUUAUCACAGUUUGCUGAAAUAAAAACAGAAAAACUUUCAUUUGAAGAAAGUAUGAAUUUACCAGAUCAAAGUACGAAAUAA